AUGUCUUUCAUAAAUAUCUGUCGUGACAACACCGAUCCUUUUUACCGUUAUAAGAUGCCUCUGAUCCAGGCCAAGGUCGAGGGUAGAGGUAACGGUAUCAAGACGGCCAUUCCAAACUUGUCUGAGGUUGCCAGAGCUUUGGCUAGACCUCCAGCCUAUGUGGUCAAGUACUUCGGUUACGAAUUGGGUGCUCUAACUUCUUUUAAGGAGGAGGAUGACCGUUACUUGGUCAAUGGUUCUCACGCUCAGAACGAGUUGCAGGACUCGUUGGACGGCUUCAUCAACAAGUUUGUCUUGUGUGGAGCUUGUAAGAACCCUGAGACACAGAUUAUCAUCAAGGGUAAGGGUAACUUGCAGAAGGACUGUAAGGCUUGUGGUAGAAUCACCGAUAUCGACUUGAGACACAAGUUGUCUUCAUACAUCUUGAAGAAUCCCCCUCCAACUGCCGGAAAGAAGGCAGCCACUGCUACUGCCAACGUUGUUGGUGGAGGUAAGACUAUCACAGAGAUUGCACAAAACGCCGAGAAUGGUGAUAGCCCAAAGGAGAUUGGUGACGACGAUGACGAUGCUUUGACCAAGAAGAUCAACGCCGAGGCUGCAGCUUUGAGCAACGAAACCGUGGAGGUCAAAGACGAAGAUUGGGCAGUUGACAUGUCCAAGGCCGCUAUCGAGGCCAGAGCCAGAGAGUUGGAGGGACUCAGUCUCAACGAUAGCCAGACUAAGCUCACUGAGUUUGGUGAGUGGGUUUUGGAAGGUGCUGAAGACAAGGAAGACUUGCCAUCCGACAUCGACAUUUACAAGAAGAUUGUCGAGUUGGACCUCAUAGAGAAGCCUGAGGUUGUCCUUGUGUUGGCACAGGUUUUGUUUGACGAGAACAUUGUCGAGCAAUUGAAUGAGCACUCUGGUAUUUUGGGUAAGUUGAUCCAUGCCAACGCAGAUCUCGAGGGUGACUUCGAGAAGGCUUUCUUGGGAGGUUUGGAGCGUCUCUUGGGUACUGAGAAGCCUGAGUUGAUUCCUUCUGUUCCAAAGAUUUUGAUGACUAUUUACGACAAGGAUUUGGUUUCUGAGGAGGCCAUCAUCAACUGGGGCUCCAAGGUGUCCAAGAAGUACGUGCCAAAGGAUGUUUCCAAGAAGGUGCGUAAGGCUGCCAAGCCAUUCAUCCAGUGGUUGAAGGAGGCUGAAGAGGAGUCUGACGACGAGUAG